AUGCCUGGCUUUGCGGAUUCGUUUUGGUCCAGCGACUACGCUGCAGGACUCGGUGUUCUUUUUGAGAAGCUUCAGCAGGGAGUCAAAGAGAAUAGACAAAUCCUGACUAUUGCCCGCAUGCGAGCCGAAGCCGAGGAAACUUACAGUAGCCAUCUGGCCAACGUUGUGCCGGCGGCUGAAAAGGUAUCGGGAGGCUUUUCGCGAGAUGAGGGCGCUACUGUUCGGAAAGCCUACGAUGGCAUAAAAAGCGAGAUGCAAGACGCCUCCGCAAACCACCACCGUAUAGCUUCAAGCAUCCGCGAUCUUGUCGUCAACCCCUUUUCCAGAUGGUGCGAUGCCCACGAGAGCCGGUUACAAGACUCCCAGGACGAUCUACAGUCACGUAUCAAAGCUCACGAUCGACAAGCGGAGUCGGUCAAGAAACUACGAUCGGUCUACUUCAACAAGUGCCGCCUGAUGGAGGAUCUGGAGGAAGAAAACAAGCUAGGUUUUCAAGAACCCGAGGCGAGUCCGAAAAACAAUACAACCCCGAACAUUCCAGAGAUCAAGGUGCAGGAGGACGAGUAUGAGCCCGAGGAAGAUGUCUUUGAGAUCGGCGACGAGAUCUACCAGACAGAUCAAAUCAAAAAGAUCCUUCUUCAAAUGCUGUCAACGAUCAAAAUGGGCGAACAUAAGGUUGCAAUCCUAGGCACGUAUCAAAAUGUGUCAACGGGUUCUGACAUUGUGGAGUAUGUCCAGCGCCAUAUGGGUGGGACAAGCAUUAGCUAUGCCGAGCGCAUCGGCCAAGACCUCAUUACGAACGGGUUUCUGCGCUUGAUUGGCAAUGUUGGCAGCGUGUUCGCCAAUAGUUCGAAGAUGAACUACCAAUGGAAGACGAAGGCAUUCCAACUGGCAGGCAUUCCUGAGAAGAAGGCCCCUCUUAACCGAACCUUUUCCAUGCCGUCGAACAACUCUGAAGUCGGAGGGGACUCUCCUGUCUUUGGCAAUGUCAGUGAAUACCUCGCCAAUUGGAACGUUAUGCCGAGUAGAGCGCACCCCGACGAGACCCCGCGUCAAAGAUUACAGCGAGAGGCCAAAGAAGCGGACGACAAGUACAAGUUGGGUGUGAAGCGUCUCGAUGAACUUCGUUGCGAUCUAGAGGAAGCGAUCUUCUUGCAUCUCAAAUUCCUUGAGCGUUGCGAAUUUGACCGCCUCAAGGCCAUCAAGACGGUCAUAUUAGACUUUUCUGGGGCUAUUGGCAACGUCAUACCGAGUCUACAGUCCACAGUGGACAAAAUGAUGCUCUUUCAAGAAACUAUACAGCCUCAGGGUGACUUGAGAUAUCUUCUUGAGAACUAUCGGACUGGCUGCUUUGUGCCGAAAACUGUCGUUUACGAGAACUACUACAACAAGGCGGAUGAGCAGACUUUUGGGGUGGAUCUCGAAGCCCGCGCACGGGCUGAUAAGAAGCGCGUACCAAUCAUUGUUACAACCAUCCUCACGUACCUGGACCAUCACUACCCCGAUCUUGAGGGUGACGAAGCCAGGCGCGGUGUAUGGCUUGUCGAUGUUCCACUUGCUCAAACACACAAGUUACGGGCCCGGGUCAACGACGGCAAGCAAUUUUCGGCGGAUAUCCUCGCCGAAUACGAUGUUCCAACGGUCGCCAGUCUCCUGAAGUUGUAUCUCUUGGAGCUUCCUGUUUCCUCUCAUGUAUAUGAGAUCAUCCGUACCAUUUACAACAACCCCGCGGCUAAUGGCACGGAGAAUUCCCGUGUCGCUGUCCUCCAGCAAACGCUUUCUCAGCUGCGCCUCACAAACAUCGCCACGUUGGACGCCUGCAUGAAUCACUUCACUCGUCUCAUCGACCUGACGUCAGCUGAUGAGGUCUACGUUACAGCCCUUGCGGCUGUCCUUGCGCCGUGCAUUCUACGUCCACGCACUCAGACGUCCCUGACUCUGGAGGAAAAGCAUGCGUACAAACUUCCGAGCUACCAGCCCAGCGCCAAGCCCGCGUGGCCAUCGCCGUGA